AUGAGCGAGGGCGGCGAGGACUGGGGGCCCCCGUCCCCUAAGCAGCGGCGCUUAGACCCGGCUUGUCAACUGCAGAAGGAGACUGAGGCAGCCCAAGCUCUGGCCGAAAUGACGGCUUGGGGCGGCGGGAGCUUUGAGGUCCUCAACCAGCAGGAGGCGCCCGCGAGCUCCGCAGCAAAACCGAGUAGCCUGGAAACGGCCGGCCAGCAGGGGGUGCGCGAAACCGCCCCAGCGGUCGGGGAGCGAAGCGCUUCGGGGCAGGCGUUGGGGACUCGGUACGGCCGCGCAGGGGGCGACCGGGAGGCGUCCUCCGACGAGGAACAAGGAACCGCAGCGGGGGGCGACGGCCGGGAGACCAAGAGAAAGAGGAAGGACGCCAAGGAGAGGCGCAGGGCUGCCGAGGUAGCAGCUGAAGCAGCAGAGGAUGAGUGCUCCGUCAUCUCGGUGGGGGAGGAAGAGGAGGAGGAGGACGACGACGACGACGAGGAGGAGGAGGAAGAGGAAGAAGGGGGCAAACAGCAACCCACUCGCAAAACUGAGCAGUACUUGGAAGCCCUGGAGGCUGUGCAGCUGGAACUGGAAGCUGUAAAUCAGCAGGCCAACCGUGCCUUUGCCCAGCUCAAAGCAAAGUUCAGUCACAUGCGGCGCCCACAUCUGGAGCGGCGUAACGUCAUCAUCCAAAACAUCCCCGGUUUCUGGGUCACUGCUUUUCUCAACCAUCCUCAGCUUUCAGCCAUGAUCAAUGACCGGGAUGAGGACAUUUUGAGUUAUAUGACCAAUCUGCAGGUUGUGGAUUUCACCCAUGCAAAGUCGGGCUGCAAGAUCAAGUUCUACUUCAGCAGCAAUCCCUAUUUCCAGAAUGAGGUCAUUGUGAAGGAAUUCCAGUGUGGUUCCUCUGGGAGAUUAGUUUCUCAUUCUACACCAAUUCGCUGGUGGCGUGGCCAGGACCCACUAGCUCAUGGCCAGAAGAACUUCGAAAUGGGCCGCAGCUUCUUCAGUUGGUUCUGUGACCAUAGCUUUCCUGCAGGAGAUCGCAUUGCCGAGAUCAUUAAAGAAGACCUGUGGCCCAAUCCACUUCAGUACUACCUGAUGGGGGAAGGUGGUGAAAAUGGUGAAGAAGACAGUGAGACAGAGAAUGGUGAUGACUUUGUUGUGAUUGUGGAUGAUGAUGGCGAAGAUGAGGAGGAAGAUGGGGUGGCAGAUGUCCAUGAGAUCAUAGAUGAAGAAGAGACUGAGCGAGGUGAAGUGGUGGAAGAGGUAUUAAGUGGCCAAGAAGAUGAUAUUGCUGGAUCCAAGUCCUCCCGAGAGGAGCCAGAUGGGAAGGAUUCCGAGGUGGAAGAAGAUGGCUAGAUUAGCUUAUAAAAGAACAGUGUAUCUGGUUGGACUUUCCUAUAGGGACCUCAGUGGCACUUUGAUGCUGACCAAUUGCACUUGGACAUGGCAAAAGAUGGGGUGUAUCAGCAGCGGUCACUUAGAUUAUUUUGUAUCUUUAUUUAUUGUAUUGACUGCAUUUCUCUCUCUGCCCUUCUGGGGGCACUAUGUGCAAGCACCCCCUUAAUUGUUUGAUGCUUAGCAUCUCCUACCUGCCUGUGUGGGGGCUGUAUGCUUAUUUGCCCUGUCCCCUGGUGGCUACUCAGGGUCUUGUUUGCCCAGAGGCCUUUUUAAAACAGCUCAGGGUUUCCUUUUUCCAUUCAGCAUUAUUAAGCUGCUGGCUUUUCGCACCUUCCUUGAACUUCUGCUUAUAAGGAUUCUACUCCCCCUGUAUAUAUUUUAGCUUAAGUAUGCCUGCUAGCGGCCGACCAGUGCCUCAUGCCAUCAAAACAUAAUCCCAGCCUUGCUUUUUCCACAUUGAGGGUAGGGCCUAACCUAUUGGGACUCAUCCAUCGCCAAUGCAGGGCUCUGCCAUCUAACCUAGUUUGUAAUAGCUCCCGUUGAUCUAAAUUGGCAACCUUGCACCCAUUGGCUUAGCUGAAGCAAUAAUAGCUGUCUGGAUGCACAGUAUUUUCCUUGGAGUUGUUAAUGCAAGGAGAAGGGCUGUGAUGAUGGCUUAUUCUUGUGUUUGAUAUUUUCUCCAGUGCUCCAGUUCAUGAAAGCAAUGGCAAGAUGUUUCUAGCAACAGCGUGUAUAUGUGAUUUUAUUCUCCAAUGUACUUAAUGUAUAAUUGCAGACAAUUUCCUAGCAAUGUUCCUAAAGCAUCAUACCCAGUUGGAUUUGCCCAUUCCCUAUACCCCACAGAGGCUGUUCUAUGCAAUGCUACUGAUAUUUGUAGAAAGGCAACCAUUUUCCUUGGCUGAUUUUUUUGUAUAUUUCGUAUCAGGACUUUGUACUUUUUUUUACUA